CAAAGCUCGCACUGAAAGCAAAACAUAAACAAUUCUCCUCCACUUCACUAAAUUCCGUGCAAAAAUCAUGAGUUUUCAAGAGAAAAAGAGCAUCCUGUUUUCAUCGCUGGAGUCGGCCGAACAGAGCAUCGGGACAGACUCAGUUCUGCACCAAAAUGUGAACGAAACGGACUACAGCCUCGACCGCAUGUCGCAAUCGCGCACCAAACCGAUCCGAGUGGACCGCUACCAGGGCCGGGAGAGCAUCUUCAAGCGACCGAACGCACCGAUCGGCCGGUGCCUGAAGCGCUCCAACCUGCCAGACUAUAAGCGUAACCCGCACAAAUGGACCAAGUACACGCUGGAGGAUGUGGAUACGUCCGAUCGAAGCAACACGGCGGCCGCCUUUUCCUUUCUCAAACAGAUGGAGGACCAGCGAGAAGCGGCCCACCCUGAUGGGGCGGAUGAUGGGGCGAACCAGCAGCCCCGGGCCGAGUUUUGCAGGUCGGUGGUGCGUUUUAAUCGAUCCGCGCACUUGCGGACCCAGCUGGAGCAAGCAGAUGAACCGGUUGAAACGCCCGUCGAAGAUAAGCCACAGUUUAAUGGACGGCGUGUGCUCAUGCCCGAGUACGUCGUGGGACAAAGAGAUCCGAAAAGGGCCAAGCGGACAUCGAACCAGCGAAAGGCUGGCGGUGCGAAGCAGGCUGGCAAAGGGGCAGCAUUACAGCUGGAUCAUUUGAUGGAAGAAAAUGAAGAGGAAUCUAAUGAGGAAGAUGCUGAAGAACAAACAGAAAUGGAUUGAUUGGAUUGGGGAUGUGGGGUGAUUUUUAGUUUAGUUUUAAGUUAACUAAUCAGCUCUAGAAUUAAGUACAUGUGAAAAUAAAAAAAUAAAAA